GCUUUGUGGAGGUUGCCAGGUUAGUGAGGUGCUAGAUGUCCAUCAUCUGAGGGCAGAAUGGUCCGGCCAGGCUGCCCAGUCAUUCUGCUUCACCUCUUCAGUAUCUUAGCACAGUCGAGAGCUAGUACUCAGGAUAUCCUGUAUCCAUAUGGACCCGGACAUAGAGAUCUAGAGACCCCUAAGAUGGAUGAUGGGAGUUCAUCUGAAAUUACUUUGCUCAUUUCUUUUGUUUUCUUCGAUGUCCCCCAUCGGUCCAUCUAUGUCAACAACAAUGGUGUGAUCUCCUUCAACGUGCAGGUCAGCCAAUUCACACCAGAGGCUUUUCCCCUGAGUGACAGCAGAUCAUUCAUUGCCCCGCUUUGGGCGGAUGUACACAACGGCAUCCGUGGAGAUGUGUACUACAGAGAAUCCACUGAACCAGAAAUACUGGAAAGGGCAACACAAGAUGUCCGGAAGUACUUCAAAAACAUGCCCACUUUCACAGCUACCUGGGUCUUUAUUGCAACAUGGCACCAAGUCACCUUUUAUGGAGGAAGCCAGACAACCCCGGUGAACACAUUCCAAACUGUACUAAUGUCAGAUGGCAUAGCUUUCUUCAGUAUGUUCAACUAUGGAGAAAUAACAUGGAGCACAGGAACAGCCAGUGGUGGAGAUCCUUUAACGGGACUGGGAGGGACAACCGCUCAGUCAGGUUUUAAUGGUGGAGAUAUUGGUCACUUCUUCAACCUGCCAGGAUCACGGUCCAAUGAGGUGGUGAACAUUGAACAGACAACCAAUGUAAACAUUCCUGGGCGCUGGUUCUUCCGUGUAGACACUGAACAGAUAGAUCCCGCCAAUGGCUGCAGCUAUAAUGGACGUUAUUACAGACGAGGGGAAGUCUUCUGGUCAUCUGAUCAGUGCUCCCAGCGAUGCCGAUGCCUUGACAUCGACAAUGUGGUGCAGUGCCAAGUGGCUCCAUGCGGGCAGCUGGAGACCUGCGAACAGCAGGAUGGGGCCUUUUACUGCCAGCCGACCCGCACCAGUACUUGUGUGGUGUUUGGUGACCCUCAUUACCACACCUUCGAUGGCUUCCUGUAUCACUUUCAGGGAACCUGCUCCUACCUGCUGGCUCAGCCCUGCUGGGAGGUGGCAGGGCUGCCUCCCUUCAGUGUAGUGGCCAAAAAUGAGAACCGUGGGGUCACUGCUGUUUCAUGGCUCAGAGAUGUCACAGUAGAGGUAUAUGGUCACAGAGUGGUGCUAUCCAAAGGUGGUUUUGGAACAGCCCAGGUAGAUGGCUUGAUGAAGACUUUACCUGUCCAGCUCCAGCUUGGUGCUGUCAGGGUAUACCAGUCUGGGUUUGCUGUUGCUCUAGAAACAGACUUUGGACUCUUGGUAACUUUUGAUGGCCAGCAUUAUGCAUCCAUCUCCCUACCCAGCUCCUACUUCAACAACACUUGCGGCCUUUGUGGUAAUUAUAAUGAUGAUCCUGCUGAUGAUCCUGUGCUUCUUGACGGCUCUCUAGCAGAAAGCGUGGUGGAGUUAGGGGGUAGCUGGAGAGCGGAGGACACAGACUGGAGGUGUACAGAUGGCUGUGCACAGAACUGCAGUUUGUGUGACCCUCUUACAGAAGCCUUCUACUUUCGCUCGGACUACUGUGGGUUCAUCAACAAAACUGAUGGACCUUUUAGGGACUGCAGAGCCGUAGUGGACCCUACAGCCUUUGUUUACAGCUGUGUAUAUGACAUGUGCAGCAACAGGGAUAACAUCACCACACUCUGCCAAGGUAUCCAGGCCUAUGCUCUGGCUUGUCAGGCCCUGGGUGUCACUAUACGGCCCUGGAGAUCUCGCACCUUCUGUGCUUUGUCAUGUCCAGAGUUCAGCAAUUACCAAGUGUGCACAAGUGCCUGCCCAGCCUCAUGCUCGGACCUCACCGCUCCCCUAUAUUGUGCCCACCCUUGCACUGAGGGCUGCCAGUGUGACCCAGGUUAUGUUCUCAGUGGCAGCCGAUGCGUACAGUAUGAAGACUGCGGCUGUGAGCAUAAUGGCCUCUAUUACCCCCUUAAUCACACAUUCUGGACAGGCCCCAGCGGUGAAGAAGGUGAAUGUAACCUCCGCUGUACCUGUGAGCUUGCUGGGGAAGUGUCCUGCUUCAAUGAGUCCUGUAAGGAUGGUGAAGUGUGUGUGGCGGAGGUGGGCCUGCUAGGUUGCUACCCUCAGCGGGAGGGAGUGUGUUCACUCACCCAGACCUCAAUGACAUCCUCCUUUGAUGGCACCUUCCUGGUUUUUCCUGAUGACAGCUCCUACUACCUGCUGAAGCUGUGUGCCGCAGUGCCAGCUAAUGGAUCGCUGGUGGAGGUGAAGAUGGGCAGGCAACUGGUGAGCAAAGGCCCUGCUUGGAAAAGACCUGUAAUAGUUACAGUGGCUAACCUGGAAGCUCAGAUGGGAGGGAUGGAUUUUAACAUAGUAAAGGUGAAUGGUGAACCAGUGGCACUUCCAUAUGUCCAUCCAAUGGAGACAAUGAUGAUAUACAGAGCCCCAGGCAAUGCUACAGUGGUGGAGUCCAAAGAUCUGCUUCGUGUCCACUACACACGCCAAGGAUUCCUCAAUAUCUCCCUCUCCACGCUCUUCUACAACAUUACUUGUGGUCUGUGUGGUGUUUUCAAUAACAACGCCACUGAUGACCUUCGCCUCCCUAAUGGACGCCUAGCAGAGUCUACUGAACAGUUCACAGAGAGCUGGCAGUCCAUUGCCGAUGACAUCACUUGUAAUGGUGACUGUGAUGACCUCUAUCGCAUGUGCACAGACUUGCGUCUCUACCAGAGUCCCUGGAUGUGUGGCAACAUCAAUGACCCUGGGAACAGUUCAUUUCUGGCAUGUCAUACAGUGGUCAACCCCUCACCAUUCUUCAGGAACUGCUUGUAUAAUAUGUGUGUAAAGGAAGGGAACCGUUCAGCCCUGUGUUCAUCACUGCAGGCUUAUGCCACCGCUUGUCAGGAUGCUCAAGUCAGCCUCACUUACUGGAGAAGUGCCACCAACUGCCCUCUUCCAUGUCCAGAGAACAGCCAUUUUGAUGAGUGCACCAGCGCCUGCCCUCUGACCUGCUCCAACUUGGAUGAGCCUGAAGAGCCGUGUCCUCUGCCAUGCCAGGAAGGGUGUCAGUGUGAGGAAGGCUUUGCUCUGCGGGAUGGCCUGUGUGUGUUACGCAGUGAUUGUGGAUGUAUGAGCCACAGGCGCCAGCUGGCCACUAACCAGACUUUCUGGACAAAUUGGGAAUGCCAGGAGCGCUGCUACUGCAAUGGCUCUGACAACAGUGUGUACUGUCAGUUCGCACCCUGUCACCCUGAGGAGUACUGUCAGGAGAAUGAUGGCCUGUAUUUCUGCCAGCCACGCACUGAGGCUCUGUGUGUGGCAGCUGGUUAUGGCCAUUUUCUACCAUUUGGUGGUAUACCAUUUGAGCUGCAGAGUUCUUGUACCCUUAUGAUGGCCACCACCAACUGUGGAAGAGAGAACAGAGACCAUGCACCUUUUAGUGGAACAUUUCCUCAAUUUAAAUUUGCAGCUCGGAAUGAGGAAAGGGACACAAGCCAGGCAAUAUGGGUGAGGGGUUUUGUACUGGAGAUCUAUGAGUAUGAGAUCGAAGUCUCUCGAACCUACAAAAACACAGUUACGGUGAAUAAGGAGCGUUUGUACCUUCCUCUGAAGUUGGGCCCAGGGAAGGUCAACAUCUUCUCCUUGGGCAUGCAGCUCGUUCUGGAAACAGACUUUGGCUUGAAAGUGGCCUUUGACUGGAACAGUCUUCUCCUGUUGACUUUGCCCCGCAGGCUUUACAACACCUCCUGUGGCCUCUGCCAGGACAUGCCCUUAUCACCACCCACCCUCACCACCACUGACUGGGGCAUGGCCUGGGCAGAGAGGGACACCUUCUGCCAGGUGGGCUGUGGAGACUCCUGCCCGCGCUGUGGUCUGGGAGAGAAAAGCAUGCAAAACAAUGCCCCUCUCAUUGUGGCUGAUACUAAUAUGGACAUCAACACUGACAACACUGACACUGGGGCAAACGAAGUUGGUACAGGCAUACGUUUUCACAUUGGAAAUGGACUGUAUGUGUUCGUGGAGCCUGAGGCAGUCAGACUGUGUGGACUAAUAGUGGAUCGAGGAGGUGGGUUUGCACGUUGCCACAGCAAGGUGGCGCCAGCCUUCUUUUAUCAAAGCUGCCUGCAGGACACCUGUUUGGACCAGGGAGCUCAGGAGACAAUCUGUAACUGGCUGCAGAUCUAUGCCAGCACUUGUCAGAUCCAAGGAGUGCCUGUUACUGACUGGAGAAGUGGUACACCAUGUGUCCAGGGCUGUCCACCUAACAGCCAUUACUCCAGUUGCAUGUCAGUUUGCCAGCCCCAGUGCGCCCCAGCCCGUGGCCAGAGGGACUGCAGCCAAGACUGCGUGGAGGGCUGCCAGUGUGACCAGGGCUAUGUACUCAACGGAAAGAGCUGCAUCCUGCCUCAGAACUGUGGCUGCUACACUGAUGGCAAGUACUAUGAGCCCAAGCAGCUGUUUUGGAACAGUGACUGCACCAAACGCUGCCAGUGCAUUGGGCGAAACCUGAUCCAGUGUGACCCAAGGCUCCGAACCUUCGAUGGGGCAUCGCUGCGGCUCCCUGCCUCCUGCUCCUUCGUCUUGUCCACAAACUGUCACAAGCUGCCUGAUCUCUCCUUCCAACUCAUUGCUAAUUUUGAUAAAUGGAGCACACCCAACCUCACCACCAUCUCUCAUAUCUACCUUUACAUCAAUGAGGAGAAUAUACUCAUCUCUGGCAGCACUGUCAAGGUCAAUGGUACACCAGUAUCAGUACCGUUUCUAACUGGGCUGAUGACACGCCUGUCCACAUCCGAGGGUUUUAUUGUCAUUGACACACCCCAGGACAUCCAGGUUCGAUAUAAUCGCUUUAACACCCUUAGCAUCACAAUGGGUCAGCGGCUUCAGAACAAGGUGUGUGGUCUUUGUGGGAAUUUCAACGGAGACCCCAGCGAUGACUACAUCACUUCUAGGGGCAAGCCGGCUGUCAGCGCCCUGGAGCUGGCCCAGAGCUGGAAGACCAACGGCAUCCAGAACAGCUGUGAUGAGACCCAGUACGUGGCUCUGUCUCAGUCCUGUGACAACACUGCGGUGCUGGCGCUGCAGAGAGACGAUACCUGUCAGAAACUUACCCAGCUGAAGGGCUUCUUCCAGCCAUGCCAUGGUCUGCUGGAUCCUCGACCCUUCUACCAGUCCUGCUACCUGGAUGGUUGCUAUAAUCACCGCAAGGCUCAGGUCUGUGGCUCUCUGGCAGCCUACGCUGAGGCCUGCCGCUCCCUGGGCACACUCACCACCAGGUGGAUCACUCAAGAGAACUGCUCAGAAUGGAUCUAUGACCCCUGUGCAGGAGAGAUCUGCACAAACUUCACCUGUGAGCUGGAGAAUGGAGGCGACCUGUGUGGCUGUCCAGAGUUACCUUCCAGCACUGGAGGAGAUGAUGACAUUAUCCAGGCAGAGGUGACCUGUAAGCAUGCUCAGAUGGAGGUUUCCAUCUCCAAAUGUAAGCUCUUCCAGCUGGGCUUUGAACGAGAAGACGUCAGGAUUAACGAUGAGCACUGUGCUGGCAUCGAGGGAGAGGACUUGAUCUCGUUCCACAUCAACAACACAAAGGGACACUGUGGCUCCAUUGUACAGUCGAAUGGCACACACAUUAUGUACAAAAACACAGUGUGGAUCGAGAGUAUGAACAACUCUGGCAAUAUCAUCACCAGAGACAAGACUAUCAACGUGGAGUUUUCCUGCGCCUAUGAACUGGACCUGAAGAUCUCGCUGGAGACGGUCCUCAAACCCAUGCUCAGUGUGAUUAACCUCACCCUACCAACCCAGGAGGGAAACUUCAUCACCAAGAUGGCUCUGUAUAAGAACUCCUCAUACCGGAAUCCAUACAGAGAAGGGGAGGUGGUGCUCAGCACACGGGAUGUCCUUUUUGUGGGCGUCUUUGUGGAAGGGGCAGAUGAAAAGCAACUGAUCCUCAUAGUGAAUAUGUGCUGGGCCACACCCUCUCGCUACAGCAGCGAUCGACUCCGCUAUAUCAUCAUAGAGAGGGGGUGCCCAAACAUUAAGGACAACACCAUUGGCAUGGCAGAGAAUGGUAUGUCACUCACCUGUCGCUUCCAUGUCACCGUCUUCAAGUUCAUUGGGGAUUACGAUGAGGUCCACCUGCACUGUGACGUUUCCCUGUGUGACUCAGAAACAAAUGCCUGCAAAGUGAACUGUCCACACAAGAGAAGAAUGUACUCCGAUGACAGCGACCAUAAAGAGCACAUACUGACUGUGGGGCCAAUAAGAAGGAGAGAAUCGGACUGGUGUGAGGAAGACAACGGCGGCUGUGAGCAGAUCUGCACCAGUAGGGAAACUGGGCCCAUCUGCAGCUGUGUGACUGGGAUGCUGCAGCAAGAUGGGAAAAGCUGCCGAACUGUGAGCUCGAGCUGUAAUGUUACACCUGUGGUUCUUCUGCUGCUUGUCAAUGCUGCCAUCUCUAUGUUUAUGGUUCGUAUUUGUUCUGCGCUCAUCUCCUAACACCUCGUCAGCAAAGGAAGGCAACAGAUCCAACACUUUAAAGACUUGAAGAUGCACAAUGCAUCGCUAUUGAUUAGGCAGUAGAUCAUCUGUGUGCCAGACAAAAUACACUGUACAUUCACAUUUUUAAAUACAAAUAUCAUUGAUACAACUGAGGGGGGAAGUCCAGUUACUAGAUGUAUGGACAGUCAGUCCUGCCAGGUUUCUUUAGUCACUUCAUCAUGUAUUGCCAGUCAUGAAAAGUCAAUAUGUGUAGAUUUUUUUUUUGGUGUGAGAAUAUAACAUCUUUCAAAAUAUUUUGUGUAUGUCGAAAAAAUCAAUGCAUUGAUGUAUGCCACAGUAUUUUUGGCACCAAAGAACAACAUUUUCUAAUCCUACACAUUUUGGGUUUAAAGUCAUGUAAGGCAUGUAAGACCACAUGAUCAAAAUUAGGAGUAAGAGAAGUUAAGCAAAAGUAAGGAAACAAGACUUGAACCCAGGACACUGACCAUCCAACUUUCUGAUGUUGACAGCCUUUUUGUACUUUACACUGCUAUGUAUGACACGUUGCUUAAUCUAAAUCACUAAUACACAAGAGCUGCAUAGUGAACAUAGCUGUAGGGAGACAAAAUGGCAUCGUCUGGCUAAUGACAUCUGAUCAUAGUCGAGUCGUGCUGGUAGUAAAAAGUAUUUAGAUAAUCUCAAAUCAGCCUGCAUUGUGAUCGGACCUCAACAUGCCAAUUAUGAAGGUGGAGCUGAUGCAUUACAGGUCAAGGUGGAGCCAUGCGGGAUACUGUUGCCCGGUGUGAGGGUCACACAUCAGCAGCUAAAGUAAAUUUUAUGCUACUUUCGUAACAUAUCUAUUAUGAAUUAUAUUGUAAGAAGGAUCAGGGCCAGUGGUGAACUUUGCUAGCAUUAGUAAUAGCUCAGGUACCCCAUCCAUCGCAUGGUCCUAAUAGCAGCAUCUUGAGAGUCUUCUGAUGCUGCUGUUUGGGCUCUACUUAUUUUUCCAUUGCAAAUGAAGGACUAAUCUGUUUAUGUGUUUUUUAGAUACAAUUUGAGGGCAUUUUUCCUUUAUUGGCCAGUUGACAAGAAAGGGAGAAUGGGGUACACAUACAGUACAACAAAGGUCCCUGGCCAGAGCCAGACCCGGGGUACUGUGGCCGUGAGUCUUCACUACCUGACUACGAGGACCCUCAGCCUUUUGAACAUUUUUAUUGGCAGUUUGACAGAACAGGAGGAAGCAUAGUUAGUUGACAUUAACAUAUUUGGCAGAUAUUUAUUCUUAAGAAUGUGAUCAUACAUACAGACGUCAUUUACACCUGACUGAGAUCCAAUCACAAUGCAACCAAACCCGAUAGUCCGGUUGAUAUAAUAACCUUCCUAUUCCAAUGAAUUCAGUGUGUGUUUAUACCUGCAUCUUGUGUGUGUGCCCUGCUCUGAUAGUGUAUGGAAUUAAAUUGUGUUUGUGUGAAUAAAUCCUCUGGUCUGUUGACAGUAGCUCUAGUGACUAGCUUUAAUCUGAGCAGAGCUCAUCUUUUUACUUCCUGUUUGACUUCCUAAUUACAGUGUUUAUCAUUCUAAACUAACAACAUCUACAUCAGCAUGUGGAAACAAAGAGGCUAUAGAUCAUUUAAAAGUUUGUGACAGGAUAUUUCAUAAUGAAAACAGUGGGAGAGUACACUGUAAAUGGUCUACAUGUGUCUUGGAUGUCAAAGUGGAGUUUAUGAAUGAAGUGAGUAUUUAUGUGUGAGGAGAGCACCAUGUAAAAUGGUGUCAGUGUCCAAACUGUGUUCGAUUUCUAUCUUAAUGAAUUCUUGUUUUCUCAUGUCAUUGAAUAUAUUUUCUAAUGUUAGACUGCCACAAAUACCGACUGCUGGCUCUGACUGAUAUAGAGUAAGCAUUGGAUAAGUCAGUGCAUGUCACCGUACAUCUUUUGCAAGCCUUCUGUGUUCCUACUGAAGCCAAUUGAAAUUUAGAUUAGUAGUAGUUUUUUUAUAGACAGGCCUAUUUUGCUACCUUUCAUUGUACAAAUGUACAGUCAGUUUGGUGGACAUUUUUGUGUGUUUAAAACAUGACCAAAAGAUGUUUUAUCCUUUGAGAGCAGAA